CCCGCCCCCAUCCUCUCACUCCGGGCUGGAGAACGGCGCCAGUCUUUCUCCAGGUGCUCCACUAGGUUCGUUAGUGCCAUUAUUAAAUUCUUCAAGGUAAAGGAGUUGCAGGUACUUUGUUAAAGUUUCAUGGGUUCCCGUGUGAUAACACCUGAAGAUGUACUUGAAUCACUAAUGAAUGAUGGCACUAUUGAUGCUAUUAGACUAAAGAUUAUAAAUCAGCUAAAGGCCAAUGAAGAGCUGAAGAACAAUACAAUUACGAUGGUGGAGCAAAGUAAGGUUCUAAACACUCCUGGUGCAGAGAAACAGACCAAGCGAGAGUUAUUUGAUGCACUUCGGCGCGAACUUGAAACUCCGGUGCUCGAAAAGGCUUCGAAAGCAGUUUGGGAGCUUAUUCUUGACAACAGUGGUUUGGGGAAAGAGAUCAGUGAAACUGUUGAGAGAGUUUACUGCAGGCUGAGUGGCCAUGAGCUGGCGCCAGUGCCACCUCCACCUUCCACCAGUGAUGUCCAGCUGGAGAAGGAGAAAGAAAUGAAAGACAAGGGGGAAGGGGAGAAGACCAUGGAGACGGAGAAUUCUGAAUCAUCAUCAAGGAAGAGGACCUUCAGUGAGAUGAGCGCUCAAGGAACAGAAGUAGAUGCAAAUGGUAGUGUCGACCAGCCUCCGGUUGUAUCAGAUGAUGGCGUGUUACCAUCUGCCAACCCAAAGACAUGAUCAAAUUGCAAUUCAGCCUGUUAUUUGCAGACAAGCUGAAUUUAGGACCUUUUAGUAGAAAUUAUGACCCGGUAUUGACUUGAGGAAGCUUGACAUGUAUGUUCUGGUGGAAUCUGUUGCAAUUGCAAGGCGCAGCAAAUAUUCGGCACGGGUCAAGUCUUGUGAAGUGUAUCAUCAUGAGGAUGAGUCUUCAUGAUUGUGCUUUUGCGCUUUGCAUUUGCCUGCAUCCAUGUGUUUUGGGAGGGCUUGGAGGUAGUUUCAUCUCCCUCUGGAAAAUUAUUAACCACCCUCUCGCAGGUGUUUAGUUACAUUCCAUGGACAUUAUCAAUGUAAGUGUUUGGCAAGCUGCUAUUUUAUGACAUUUGUCUUCCAGAUGAUUCUAUUUGAAACCCAGAAAUGUUCUUGAUUCUA